UUCCUCCCUUCCCCCUGCUAAUAAAACAUUCCGUUGAUACUAAAUUUCUGCAGUCCAGUCCCCUAUAUUUGUAUUAUCAUUUUGAUUUUUUUUUUUUCUACUGACGUUUAAAUCAGACUCUUUGUACAUUUUGACACUGCUCUUCAUCCGAGAAUGAGGCUGAAUUAGACCAUAGGCCAUUGUGGAUCCCCGGACUGUCGUAGAAAGCAGAUCUGUGAUAGGUGGAGGCAUGGCAGAGACUCUGACAUACGAGGAGGAGCAGGCCACUCAACAGUUCCUGCAGGAGAUGAAUUCCUGGACAUCCUCUCACUCUGUGUCCCCCCUCUCCUGGGAUGUUGCUGUGAAGUUCCUGAUGGCAAGAAAGUUUGAUGUAGUUCGAGCAAUUGAAUUGUUCCACUCAUACAGAGAAACACGCCAGAGAGAAGGGAUUGUGCGGUUAAACCCUUUACAGGAGCCACUACUUUCUGAGCUUCUGAGUGGAAAAUUCACAGUGCUGAGUGUUAGGGCCCCAACUGGAGCCUCUAUAGCCAUCUUCACUGCAAAACUACAUCAUCCAGCUCGCAAGAAUAGUAGGGAGGUACAGCACACCGUACUCCAGGCUUUGUUCUACCUGCUGGAUCGUGCCAUGGAGAGUGUGGAUACCCAGCGGCACGGCCUGGUGUUUAUCUAUGACAUGGGAGGCAGUCAAUACAACAACUUCGAGCUGGACCUAAGCAAGAAAAUCUUGAGCCUGCUGAGAGGGGCUUUUCCAGCUCGGCUGAAGAAAGUUUUCAUCGUGUCCCCCCCAGUCUGGUUCAGAGUUCCAUAUUCAAUUAUCAGUCUGUUACUGAAGGAAAAAUUAAGGGAAAGGGUACACAUGGUGAGUAUGAAUGAGCUUCUCCAGCAUUUGCCACCUCAGUGCCUUCCAGAGUCUCUUGGAGGGCUAUUGCCCUGGGAUCCUGGCACCUGGAACUGCCUCCUUCUUCCAGGCCGGGCAGGGAAGCCAGACCCCUUGGAUGAGGUUGUGCUGGUGCUUGGACAGCCAAUUGGAGGGAGUGUGCAGUGUCCAGGUCCUGGGAGCAUGACCAUACCUCAGCUGCAGGAGCAUGUGGGCUGCAUGGGGAGGCGUGGACUGUAUGAGGAGUAUGAGGAAAUGAGAAGGGAACAACCAGAAGGGACCUUUACCGUGUCAAUAGCUGCGGUUAAUCGGGAUCGAAAUCGCUAUGGAGAUGUCCCAUGUCUGGACCAAACACGAGUGAAACUUAAACGUGUUAACUGGCAUGAGCGCUCUGAUUAUAUAAAUGCAAGCUAUAUAGAUGGAUACCUACAGAAGAAUAUGUACAUUGGGACACAGGGGCCCCUGGAGAACACUUUUUCUGACUUUUGGCAGAUGGUUUGGGAACAGAAUGUGAUGGUGAUUGUCAUGACAACAAGGGUGGAAGAGGGUAGCCACAAGAAAUGUGGCCAAUAUUGGCCAUUGAUCCCUGGGUCUCCGGCUUCAUAUGGACCUGUCACUGUUACUAAUAAAGCUGUGGAAACCCAUCAGCACCACAAAAAGAGCAUCCUGCAGCUGAGCACUCGGCAGGGCCGGGAGAAUAGACUGAUCAGUCACUUGCAGUUCCUGAGCUGGCCAGAUUUUGGAGUUCCCAACUCUGCAGCAGCUCUAAUCCAUUUUCGGGGAGUAGUGAAGGAAGAGCAGAUGAAAGCUGUACAGGAACUGGGGAAUUCCUGGAGAGAUCCUCCUGGCGGACCACCAAUUGUAGUGCAUUGCAGUGCUGGCAUUGGCAGGACAGGUACUUUCUGUACCCUGGAUAUAUGCCUGUCCCAGCUGGAAGAUGUAAGCUCUGUGAACAUCAAGCAGACCGUACAGAAAAUGCGCAAGCAGAGAGCUUUCAGCAUCCAGACUCCUGAGCAGUACUAUUUCUGUCACUCUGCCAUCUUGGAACAUACCAGAUGACAUCCAUUGCGACCUCCUGUUUAAAGGGACCAAGGGACAAAAUCAGGAGGCUGCAUUGAACCUUUAAUUUUAUAGAUCUUGCCAAGCUUGAUAGUAACUUACAUUCUAAACUCUUAAUGAUUCAAUUAUACAGCAGUAACAAUAAGCUAUGUACAUACUCUGCACAAAUACCGACCAAUGGCCCACCCCAUAUAGCUGUCAUUGCAAACAUCUACACUCCAACUAUUACAGAAAGUCACAAAGUCUACCCAAUUUAUUUAAUCAUAAACGUCUUAAAAGGACAUGAAAAUUAUCGGGGGGGGGUGUUUCCAGCACCAAUCACCAUCAAGCAUCAUGUAUAUACGCACUCCCGUAGGCUUGUAUGUCUUAAAGGGACCGUAAAGUCCAAAUUAAACCUUCAUGAUUCAGAAUGGGCAUGUAAUUAUAAACAACUUUCCAAUU